UAGCGAAUCCAAACUACCAUUUCAACAAAAUAAACUCCUGAAAAUUGCCAAAUAACUAUCCCCUGAAUUUUCCUAAAAUAUCUCGAAAACCAAGAGAGAUAUUGAAAUUUUCAUAAUCAACUUUUAUGUAGAGCUACCUGAGCUCUGGAAAAAAGGUUAUUACGAGAAUCUCGCUAUCUCCCUCGGUUUCCGAGGAAUGCCCAAAAAACACUUGCAACCCAACUGACUUCGUUUUACCACUUCAAUUCAAUUAUCUGAUAGCACUUACGAGUCGCAAUGAGACUCAGUCUAGCAAUUAUUCUGAGCAUUGUGCUGAGCACUCGAGCAGAUACCCUAGAUAUUUGGCAAGGAGUGGUGGGGAAUAAGUACUUCACCCUGAAGGUCCCUGGAGACACGUACCAGGCCUAUGGAGCAAAUGGAGCCAAUGAUCCUCUUCAUGGGGAUAACGACGUGAAUUACAGAUGGAUUGGAAACUCUUCGUCAUACCUGAGAAAUAUAUUUCUUGUGGAUGAGUCUCAGUUCGCUGCAGAUCGAGUUCUCCUGGUGUUUCAAGGUGUCGAUACAUUUGCCAAAAUUUCGUUGAAUGAUCAUGAACUCGGCAACACUUCGAAUAUGCACCUGCGAUAUGUCUACGACGUAAAGGACUACCUCAAGUUCCCCGAGCAGAACAAGAUAUCCAUAACAUUUGAUUCCCCGGUGAAAGUAGCAGAAGCUCUUUACAACAAUCAAAGCAAAAGUUACCCAGUCUACCCAAAAUGUGUGCCCUCAUCGUACAACGGGGAAUGUCACGUGAAUCAUAUACGAAAGAUGCAGGCGAGUUUCUCCUGGGACUGGGGCCCAGCAUUCCCAGGUUCAGGAUUGUGGAGCAUCCCCGAGCUGAUGGCCUUCAACGACUCCACCAUCCUUGACACAACAGCAGACGUGGAGUUGAUAAAAGAUCAUCACUGGCAAGUGAGGGUGACAGUGACCCUGAUGAAUGCCCCCAGCAGUGCCUCAAAGCCAUUGACAGGAGUCCUGACGACCAGAGUGAUCCACAAAGAUACUACGUGGAAUUAUAAAACCAAGAAGUACGAUCCUGAGGAGAGCUACGAAAACAGCACAAGCUUCACCUUCACGAACAACGAGAAGACCUCCACGUUGUCAUUAAUAAUAUUAAUUCCAGAGGCCGAGGUCUCCAGGUGGUGGCCAAACGGUUACGGAGAUCAGUCCCUCUACACCGUGAAUACCACCCUGAGGACAUCGAGGCAUUAUGAGCACAAAACCCAGAGGAUUGGUUUCAGGACUGUGGAAUUGGUCCAGAAACCCUUGGAGAAAGGCUUGAGUUUCUACUUUAGGGUGAACAGCGUGGACAUCUUUGCAAAAGGUACUAACAUUAUUCCUAUCAGCAUCCUGGCUGAGAGGACAGGAAAUAAAACAGUCAGAGGGCUCCUUCUGAGGUACAUGCAGGAGACCAACCAGAAUAUGGUGCGUGUCUGGGGUGGAGGCAUCUACGAGAUCGAUCAUUUCUACGAUAUGGCUGAUGAGUAUGGCAUAAUGGUCUGGCAGGAUUUCAUGUUCGCGUGUGCAAUGUAUCCCACUACUCGGGAAUUUUUAGAGUCUGUGAGGACAGAGGUGAAACAGAAUGUUUUGAGAUUGAAGAAUCAUCCCUCUGUGGUACUCUGGGCAGGGAAUAACGAGAACGAAGCUGCUUUGUAUGGAAAUUGGUAUGGAACCGGCAAGGACGAGGUGUACAGGAACGACUACAUAAAACUGUACGUCGACCUAAUCAAGAAAGAAGUGGAGGCAAAUGACAAGACGAGGCCCUUCCUGGUAUCGAGUCCAACGAAUGGUGACUACAGUGCAAAUAACGGAUGGGUGGAGACGGAUCCUUACUCCAAUCUCUACGGAGAUAUUCAUUACUACAAUUACGUGUUCAAUGGAUGGAACAUAAAUACGUACAAACGUCCGAGGUUUGCCUCUGAGUACGGCUUCCAGUCGCUGCCUUCCAUCAAGACAUUGAGAUCUGGCUGCCAAAAUCCAGAGAAUGAUCUCGUGAGGGGCUCCGAUUUUCUGCAGCAUCGACAGCACCUCCCAGGUGGCGAUGGCAUCAUGUUGUACCAGAUUAAACUCAAUCUUAACGUUCCAGACACCAACGAUUCCCUCAGGGACUUAGAGAGCUACAUUUAUCUCAGUCAGAUUAAUCAGGCUGUUGCUGUCAAAGUGCAGACAGAGAGUUACCGACAGGCGAAAAGCACAGUCAAUGAGAUGGGGGAGGGAAGGACUAUGGGGGCUCUUUAUUGGCAAUUGAAUGAUGUCUGGCAGGCCCCAUCCUGGUCCUCCAUCGACGUCGAUGGCAGAUGGAAGAUACUCCACAAUUAUGCAAAGGAUUUCUUCGCACCUGUCAUUGUCACACCCAGAGUUACUCUCGAUCAACUAAAGAUAUUCAUUGUCUCCGAUUUGCUCCUGCCAAUUGUCAAUUGUUCUGUGGAGAUCAGGUUCCACAGGAUUUGGAGUGAAUCCAUGCCCCAGGUUUACGCCAAGCAACUGGAGAGCGUCACUGUCCCUCCAAAUUCUGCCAUUGAGCUUUCGACUUUGAGUCUGGAGGGAAUCCUGGCAGAGGCGUCCUGUGGUUCGACGUUCCAGGAGGCAAAGAAAAAGUGCAUAAUUGAAUUAAUCCUCCGGGAUUCCUCCAAUCAGCAACUAGCACCUCCGAAUUACGUCUACCCAGGCCCUCCCAAGGAUUACGAUCUUCCAGCUUGUGAUCUUUAUGCUGCCAUUAGUAGGUAUCCCUCAUUCAAUCUUCCGGAACAUCUACGGCAGUACUACGACGGUUACGAGGUCACAAUCACCAGCGGAUGUACUCAGUUAUUCGUCUGGUUCGAUGGGAAUGGAUUCUACACUGGUAAAUUCUCUGAAAAUGGAUUUCAUCUGUUGGAGGGAUCGAAGAAGAUUUUUUUCCUGGAGAAUCGUAUGAUGCAGCCUGAAAUCCAGGGCAUCACGGUCACAACAUUGGGGUCCAUUUAUGCCACUCCAAAACCCAGAAUGGAAUUCUAUUUCAACUGAACAAAAAUUUAUUAACAACUCUCUUCAAUUUUUCAAAUAUUUUUUUAUAUUUUAAUGAGAGAAGAGGAAUUUACCAAUUAUCACGCAGAAUUAAUUUGUGCUACUGGUUGUCUCUAAAUAAAUUUCUUGUAAUUACUUAAUGAGUAAAACUUACAGUGGAAAGUACGUGUCGUAAUGUAAGUAAAUCUCCAGGGCAAUCAACAUAACAAAGAGCACGAAAAUAGCACCGAUCAAUGUAUAAACCCAAUUAAACAUUUUUAACAAUUU